AUGAAUACGUACCCUUCGAUAUUAUUCAAGGUACAGGCUAGUGAAGUCUAUGUCGCAUUUGACUAUUAGCGGUGCAGCGGCUAAACGUUCCUGUCUGCAGGCAAUUAUCAUGUUUUCGCCAUGUGUCGAUCACAUCCCUCUUUGAAAACUGCUAUCAACUAGCGAACACUCAACUGUUCGGCAGACGACAGUUAAUCCGUAGGGAGACUGUAUGCUUCUGGGUCUUUGAGACCAUUAGCGGAUGCAUGUAAUCUGUCGUAUUUAGCUCUGCAGUAGAAAGUUGCCGUUAGGGGCGUGUCAGACGAGUACUUGAGUGUGACAUAAAUGGCGUUCGACUCAACGAAGCACCCACACUCGCGAUACAACCCACUCCGCGAUGAAUGGAUUCUUGUGUCACCCCAACGCACACAGCGGCCGUGGCUGGGAGAAGAAGUCAAAAAACAGGAAUUUGACGUACCCAAAUACAAUCCGCUGUCGCCAGGGGCGGUGAGGCCAAAUGGGCAAAAGAAUCCCGAGUACACAUCAACCUGGUGUUUCGCAAAUGAUUUUCCGGCUCUUCUCGAAGACGGACCAGAACCUCCUCAGCAAGCCAGGGUAGAUGAGGACGACUUUUUCCAAACACGAACCGGACGAGGACGCUGCGAGGUCGUCUGCUUUCACCCCGACCCGAAUCUCACCCUUGCUACAAUGGAACAUCGCGAUAUUGAGGCUGUAAUUGCCAUCUGGAUUGAGCGAUAUAUUGAACUUUCGACACGGUUUACGUGGGUACAGCUAUUUGAGAAUCGUGGCGCCAUUAUGGGCUGUUCAAAUCCGCAUCCUCAUGGACAGAUCUGGUGCUCGAUGUAUUUACCGAACGAAAUCCGGAUCAAGGAGCGUACACAGAAAAGGUACUUUAAAAAGUAUGGGCGACCAAUGCUGCUCGACUAUGCGCACAAGGAGCUGGCUAGAAAAGAGCGAAUUGUCUGCGAAACAACGUAUUUUGUGGUCCUUGUACCGUUUUGGGCGGUCUGGCCGUAUGAGACAAUGCUUCUGCCUAAACGGCAUAUUCAAGAAAUUACCGAACUCACUGUGGAAGAGAGGAAAGAUUUAGCGGUUUGUAUGAAACGGUUGUUGGUCAAAUACGACAAUUUGUUUGAAUGUGAUUUCCCCUACUCUAUGGGGUGGCAUGGACGGAAAGGUGAACAUUGGCAAUUGCAUGCUAUUUACUUACCGCCGCUGUUGAGAUCGGCAUCGAUCAAAAAACAUUUUGUAGGAUAUGAACUCCUUGCUCAACCACAGCGUGAUAUCAGUGCGGAGACAGCUGCGAAGACCUUGAGAACGCUUAAUGGCGAAACACACUAUAAGCAGAGGGCUACUAAGUCUUAAGCUGUUUUGUUAGACUACCCAGCCAAUAUUUGCUUUUUGACAAGCGAGGUCACGCUUGUAUCUUGUGCGACGAAGGAAGAUUGAUGCGUACCGAGGCUGAAGCAUAGAAAACAUGAUGAAGUGUCUAUGGACGCGUAAUAUGACAAUAUUGCGAUGCAUCAUUCGCACAGGCGCUCUAUCGGAUCGCGAAGAUAGAGUAGAUACGAAGGCACUGAAAACAAAGACGUGAAGCAAUGCUUUCGAAAUAUAUGAUCUAGCCAAUCAUCCGAAUUCAUUCUAGGAGAAUGAUGAUAAUAAGAGGAAGGUGCUUUGUGAAAUUUCCUAAUAUAGAUAUAAUAAGAUAUAAGCUCUCGCUUCAUAACGGGUUGCAAUUAGCUAACACGCACUACACUAUAUGAAGUUUAGUUUCAAUUUCAAUACGCAGAAAUAGAUCAGCCGUGUAUUACCAUCCUUACCAACAUUGUCUUGGCAUUAUCAUUGUCAAUAUAGAUCAUACGAAUAUCUUUGGUAAAAUACUUUCAACAAGCCACUAUGCCGUUUUAACGAAUGCGCCGGUAUUUGUUUAUGUGCACUGAACACUAUCUAAUGAUGCUACCAAAUAAUCAUUUUACGUGUUUGUUUUAUCCUAAAAGUACAAAGAAUCUAAAAUCAAUAGAGCCUGCAUUUGUCUAUAAUUGUUUCAAUAUAGUUUGAACAAGCAGCGUUUUUCCCACGCCAUUCAUCUUCUGUAUGACUUGUUUGACGCUGUUAGAAGCGUUCGUCAACUAAUAUUUGAUACAAUUAUCACGUAUAAGUAAAACACACCCAGUGAAAUAUCAUGUUAAAAUACACACGAAUCCUACAUGCAUUUGGCAAAAACGACCGUCUUCAUUAACGCGUAAGCAAUCGCAUCGCCUCCCAUCAGAUGUAUCUUCUAGAAAUUCACGAAAUACCCAACGAUAUAUAUUAUCCAGUGUUGUUUCUUUUAUAUACCCAUAUAAAAGAAUCUAAAUGGCAAAAAAUAAAUAUUAAAUAUAGAGAAAAAAAAAGUAACCUUUUUAAGUAGCUAUUAAACUUCACAGUUUCUAUUUUGUAUCGUUUUGUGCCGCACUUAAAACGCGAACGUGCCCGGUUCGAUUUUGUGCUGCUCUGGCUUUAUCGCCUGUGCCCAUGGAGCGAUAUUUUCUGUGGGAAUUCAUCGAGGUUCAGCCAGUACGACCUAUAGAAAGCGUACAUU